CAAAUUAAGCAAAUGAUAAAUUUGGCCAUAUAGUACGUAAUAGAAUAAAGAAUGUUGAAUAAUUUAUUUUUUUUAAUCUUCUCGGCUUGCAUUAAACAUUAUACAAUCUUUCCUAUCGGUACAACUAUCGAAAUACGUCGUCUUACUUAUAAUUUCACAUUAGGCAAAUCACUAAAAUAGAAACUGUUUAACAAAUAAGAAUAUGUAUAAAUUUUUAAGCGCUGCCAUCGAUGCAGAGUUGCCGAUCAUCUCGUGUAUUUAUUAUACGACUUUUUGAUUUUGAUUACUUUUAUUAAGAAAAAUGAAAAAAUAGGCAUUUAAUGAAUAUUUGAUAAGGUUUAGUAACAGUCUGGAGGCUAUUGUUAAAGUAAUUACAAUAAUUCGUACUUAGUACAUUGUGGAAUGUGCGAGGAGGAGCUACUGUGUUACGCAGCUCUGCAUGAUGCCAUCCGAAAAAUACGUAAUAAACACGAAGAAUUCGUGUCUUAUGCAUUAUCGGGUUAACAUUUUACCACUCGACGUGAGAUAUGAACUGUUUAAUUGGAGCAGAUUUACGGCUAAACAAUAUAAAUCCGUAUUUCUUAUUUUUACUCGGUAGCACGUAUACGUGGCAACAGAGCAAAGUUGUCUGAGUGCUCUGUCACUUCCUAGUCAAAAGAAAUUCUUCGAGCACAAACAAUAAUAUAUUUACACUGUUAAAAUAGUGAAAUACGGUAUAACUCGAAAAGAAUACUGUCAAAUAUUCUCUUGAUAUAUUUUAACUGUCUGUCAAGGUAUCGGUAGAGAAUAUUUCUGUGUGCAUAUUAACGUAUCACCAAGCGUCGGUUUAUAUAUAUUACAUGUGCAACCUGUGUUAAAGUCUUCACGGUUAACAUCUUAUGAAUGUGUCUGGCAACAGAUAUAAUUUCAAGUUUAUUAGCAAAGAUGCCUCGCAUAUUAAGUAAUUGAUUGAUCACGGCAUGUAAAAAGAAUAUACACAUAUAUCAUCGUAUGAAUGAAUGCGUAAACAUAUACACACAUACUUAUUUACGUACACCUAUAAAAGUAUUGGAAUUUACAAACAUUUCAGAAAUUUAAUGAAAAUUGAAGUCAGUUCUCUCUGUCACCAAAAAUUUUUGACUGAUUCUUAUAUUUCCUGAUAAUAUAUGACAAUGUUUAAAAAGACCAGUUUUGGAUUUAAGAAAUUUGGAAUUUGAAAGUUACUUUUGUUUCAAGAGAUAUAUUGGAUUCUGUGCCGAAGAAUAUAUUUACAAAACAGUAAAUCACAAAGUUGAAUUUUUAAAUAAGUGAGGCUGUGUUUAAAUUUAAAGUUUUGGAUUGGAUUUUGAUUAGGUAUAUUGUAUCUGCUAAUGUGUUUAUGACUUUUGUACACACAAUAAGCUGAUGUUGACUAUAUUUCAUGAACCUGAUGACAGAGUAUUAUAAGCUAAAAGAAGAAAGCAGCAAGAAUAGUGCUGCUAAUGGUGCUUUGGCACUGUUAUUAUUAUCCUCCUAACAACAUAAUGGAGGAGCCAGCAAAGAAGAAACAACGCAUUGAAAAUGAUGAAGUUGAAAAAGAUACAUUAUCAGAUAUUGAGCAAUUGCAGAAUAGUCUGUUGACACAAUGCUUAUGUAAUAUACCAGAAAGCAGUUUACGUAAACCAUUCACUAGUGCAACAGUAGAAGCUGCAGAUGGCACUUUUAGAUCUUCAUUAUUAUCAGAAUGGGAACCUGAUCAAACCUUAGAAUUUAUAAGUACUUUACAACUAUUAUUUGAUUUAGCCAUUAAACAAAAUGUUAGAGGUAUUAUGUGCAGGAGAGUAGUAGAUGUUUGUGAUGCGCUGGCGCGAAACGAGCAUGGCAUUAUAGAUCAAAUAAUUGACCUAUCAUGUACAACAAAUAAAUUUAUAUCAUUUGCUGCUAGCAGAGUUCUUGCAUCAUUUUUUAUUAUAACAAAAGAAAAUAUUGACACAGCAUGGUUGGAAAGAUUAACACAAUCUUUAGUAAAUACUCAUUCUCCAAGCCAAAUGCUAUUUACUUUGGAUGUUGUAAAAAGAGUUGUGGAACACAAGGACUGCAGUAUUCAUCCUCUUGAAGAUACAGACAGUAUAGUGCCACCAUCUCAUUGUAAUACAAUAUCAAUUGCUGAUACAGAAAGUUUUGAUAGUACACCAGUAAAAGCAAUGUGUGUCAAAGCAUUAGAAUCCAAAUGGACUAUACUAGUAUCAAAAUUUGAUGCUAUUUUAAGUUCAUAUACGCCACAACAUGAAUCAGCUGUCAUUACAUUUCUUGAUUUGUGGGAAUCCAUCAUUUCUGUUAAAGCCAACUUAUCUGUUAUUGAUACCAAACUUUUUUAUUCUCAAUUAGACAACCUGGUUGUACUUUUAAAUGCCAAUGUUCCUGGUGUAAUUUGGAGACAUCUCCUUGGGUUAUUUAAUGAAGUAUUGUGUUAUGGAAGUACUUUGGCCUUACAAGAUGUAUUGCCAGAUGAGCCUUGUUCUCUUGCACAUUUGAUUGUAAGAGCUGUAAAAGAUUGGAGAUUAUUGGAUGCUCUACCGUAUCGACAUGGUUCUGGAAGAUUUGGAGGAGGAUCUGGUGAAGGUGAUCGUCCUCUUCUGCAAAAAAUAGUGCUUUUAGUUUUAAAAAGUGUUGCUGUGACAGUUAAAGAGACACGUAGCGAUUCUAGUGACUCUUCCUUGGGUUCUGAAGCAGAAGAUCUUGAUGCUGAUAUGGCAGUUAUUGAGAGGAGCAUUAGAGAAGUUCUAAGACAACUUGAUCAGUGUGUUAAGACAUUAAUGCCAUUUCAUCCUGAAAUGCCUUUAUCACAGUGGGUUGUACAAAUGUUCCAUGAUCAAGAUGAUUUUUUAAUUGAAGGCAUGGUAUGUUGUUUAGAUGUAGCUGUUGGUUUAUUUUAUAGAGGACCUCCACAAAAUGAUCUUGGUCAUAUGCUUAGUCCAACUUUAACUUUCAUACAAUUUAUACAUGCUGUAUCACAUGAUCCAGAUGUUUUAUUAGAUUUACUUGUCAGUAAUGAGACCUGUUUCUUAUUAUACUUAUUGAGAUUUUUGAAAUAUGUUAAAAGAAAUUGGACAGAAUUUGUCUCUUGCUGUGGAAGAGAAUUAGAUGAUACCAUGACAAUAUUGAUAAGACUUCGUUUAGCAAUUGACAGAUUAGUAUCAAAAGAUUUGUUUCCUUAUAACAUAAAUCCAGUUCUACGUUUGCUAGAAAAGUGUGAAUCCUUCUAUGAAGGAAAUAUAGACAACUAAUUAUUAUUUGAUUGCAUGAUGAGAUUCAAAAUUUCAAUUCACUAGAUGUACAAAUUGUAAGAAUGAAAGCUUCGUCAUCUGGCUUAUUUUAUCAGUCAGAAAGUAAUACAAAAUUGUAUAAUCUUAUUGACUUCAUUUUUAUAAAUGACUGACUUAUACUACUGUCUUUUGUAGUAUUAAAUAUUUAGAAUAAUAUUGAAAGAUACAGAAAAAAACAUUUCUAUUUAUUAUAUUUAGCAAAAUUUUAUUCAUUCAGAACUAUUGUUGAAGUUUUACACAAGAAUUAUUUUUUGCAUUUCAUGGUUGAAGUAUAAAUGGAUAAAAGUAGUACAAAGAUUAGCUAAAAUUAUAUGCUUCACAAUGAAAUUGCACUUUUAUGGUGCUAUGAAAACAUAUUUGCCAAAGCACCAUUGGAAAUAAAUUUAAAUGUAUACUACUAGAAUAAUAUUUAUAUCUAUAUAUAAAGGUUAAAUGUACAAUUUGCCAGUCAAAUAGAAUUAUGUAAGAUGAAUUCUCUGAUGUGCACUACUAAAUAUGUAUAAAGAUAUACUUUUUUGUACAUUACAAAACUAAACUCACAAAAGAGUAUAUUAGAUUCUAGUAUAAAGAUUUUUAUAAAAUGCAUUUGAAAAAUACAUAAUAUAAAAAUCUUUUGAAAGAAGGAUAUAAAUAAAUUAUAUCAACACAUUAGAUUAUAAAAUUGACUUUGAAAUUUUGUGCCAGAGGCAUAAUAAAAUAUUUAACUGUAUUAAAUCAAAAUCUAUAACAUUUGUUUGUUUAACAGUAAUAAAUCUGUAACAGAAUUCUAGGACACCACUGUUAUAUCCACGUACUUAAAUACAAGUGUAAAAUUAAAUAAUGUUUAUUAAAAUGAAAGACAUUGUCAUAUUGUCAUGAUUUAUUAACAAUGUAUAAAUAAUAAUGUUGUAAAAUAUUACAAAUAUACAAAUGUAAAGUUACUGGCAAUGUAAAUGCAGUUAUUGACAUUUAAAGUUAUGCCAGUAUUAAUAAAUUAUUAGAUACAAAUGGCAAUGAUUGUUCCUAUAAGUUAAAGUUAAGAACAAUAUUUGCCAUUGUUGUUUUGGAAUUCUCUACAAAUUAAAGUAUUUGUAUAUAUUAAUUGUAAUGUUAAUUAUGCAUACCUUAAAAUUAUCUUUGUAAGUAUGGUACAUGUAAUACACUAAAAAUCUACAUAUUUUUACUUUUAUAA